AUGUAUACAGUAUGGUUACUUGGUACACUCGCGGUCCUCUCUCGCUGCCAUGGACGAGUUUCCAACCCUCCGUUCCCGAAGAUAGAGUUGAACACGCGGCAUUUUGCAGAAAAAUUGUUUAAGAAACCUGUGCUUCGAGAUACAACCAAGAUAUCGGCCGAAUUACUCGCUAGCUCCGUGGGCGUCUUAACAAGCGCGCCGAUAGCUCUGUCCCGAUUGCACGGCGUGGGGCCUCCACUACACGGUUUGUUCAGCAGCACUAACGUGGUAGCAUUGGCCGACUUCAUACCAGUAUACGAUUACGGCCGGAGAAACGACGACGUGCAUCUAUCCAUAGACCAACUAAUCGUUAAAUAUGGCUACCCUCUCGAAGAACACCGGGUUGUUACUGAUGAUAGAUACCUUUUGACCGUGUUUAGAAUACCUAGGUUAGGACCUCCUGUUCUUCUGGUGCAUGGAUUAGAAGGCAGCGCGGAUGACUUCGUGUUAGCCGGGCCAGAGAGCGGUCUGGCGUACUUGCUCGCCGACGAGGGCUACGACGUGUGGCUAGGCAACGCUCGUGGUAAUAAGCAUUCCCGCCACCACGAGCACUUGAAGCCUACUGAUGGUUCCUUUUGGGAUUUUUCCUGGCACGAGAUCGGCCUGUACGACUUACCAAGUAUGACAGAUUACAUACUCAACAAAACAGGGAAUGAAAAGGUGAUAUACAUAGGACAUUCCCAAGGAACGACUAGUUUCUUUGUAAUGGCGUCUCUAAAACCCGAAUACAACAAUAAAACCUCUGCAAUGAUCGCUUUGUCUCCCGUCGCAUUCAUGACCAACGUUAAAUCGCCGUUGAUUAGGCUACUAGCUCCAGGGGGUCCCUUAUUGCAUACAAUAACAAAUAACAUAGGCGUGCAGGAGUUAUUUUCAGAUAAUGUCGUGUUACGUGCUCUGAGACGUGUUUUGUGUGAAAAUAGUGCUAUGGCGGCGAUUCUGUGUGCUACUAAUACCAUGUUUCUUCUCGGUGGCUUCAGCUUCGAUCAUCUAAACGUGACAAAUUUACCGGUCAUCCUUAGCCACCUGCCUGCAGGAGCAGCUACCAAGCAAUUUGCUCAUUACGGCCAAGGUGUAGUAUCAACCGACUUCAGACAAUUUGAUUACGGGCCUCGAGUUAAUUUAGAAAGGUAUGGUGGAGAAGUGCCGCCAAGCUACCCGGUGCAUAGGAUAACAACGCAUGUGUCGCUGUUGUACAGUUCUGCUGACUGGCUGGCCCACCCGUCCGAUGUUCACCGCCUCAGCAGCAAUCUACCCAACGUCAAUAUUUACCCAAUACGCGACGACACGUUCAAUCACUUUGAUUUCUUAUUCGCGAAAGAUUUUAAGGCGAUAAUUUAUAAUAGGAUACGAAAUAUAUUAAUGGCGAUUUAG